UCAAGAACCUCAACAGCAGCACUGAAAUGCCGGUCAACGAUGACGUAGAGAGCAUCAGUUUGCAUGUCAAACGACCUCUUUGGUUACAUGCGUACAUAGCUCCGUUUCUAGUAAUUUAUCUGGUGUGGCUGUAUGGUGCAGUUGUGUGGAUUGGAUUAUCAGAGCAUUGGGAACUCACGUUCAUCUUGCUAGCCGCAAUAGGGAUUGUGCAGAUACUCGUCUCUUUGUCAUGCUUUUGGUCUGUUCAUAUAAACUGCGCCUUUACAUGUAGAAAGGAGACUGACGUCCUAAAGGCAACUCAUGCCAAAGUCAUUCCAACACCCAACAACGGAUUUCCAGAGCUGGUUCCUCUUAUGCGACAACCAAGAGACAACGCACCAGAUGAGAUCUGGUUUUACUUCCAGAAAAUGAAGUAUUUGUAUGACAUCGGAGAGAAGAAACAGUUCACACCAAUUGAGUUUCCGAUUGACAAGACCAUGGGUUUCUAUCAGUCAUGGAAAGGUUACCAAACGGAAGCAGAAGUCAUGCAAGCUCAGAAGACGUAUGGAAACAACAGACUUCAAAUUGAGCCACCCGACUUCUGGACUCUUUUCUCCGAGAGAGCGACGGCGCCGUUCUUUGUGUUUCAAGUUUUUUGUGUCGGUCUGUGGUGCCUGGAUGAAUACUGGUAUUACAGCAUCUUUACUCUCAUCAUGCUUGUCAUCUUCGAGUGCACACUCGUCAAACAACAACAACGGAAUUUGUCAAUGAUUAGAGAUAUGGGAUCUAAACCGUAUCCAAUCAUGACACACAGAGAUAGAAAGUGGCGAUAUGUUCAGACGGACGAACUCGCUCCUGGUGAUUUGGUGUCAAUUGGUCGGCCAAAGGACAAUGAUGUUGUACCAUGUGACCUCCUUUUACUGAGAGGCUCAUGCAUUGUGGACGAAUCAAUGUUGACAGGCGAAUCAGUUCCACAGAUGAAAGAACCUGUUGAAACUUUAUCGUCUGGAGACGUGUUGGACUUGGACAGAGACAAGAAGUUGCACGUUCUGUUUGGUGGCACAAAAGUCGUGCAGCACACUCCAGUUGCAAAAGGAUCAGAAGGAAUUAGACCGAACGACAGUGGGUGUUUGGCUUAUGUGCUACGAACUGGAUUUAAUACUUCACAGGGGAAACUCCUUCGCACUAUUAUCUACAGUGUGAAGCGUGUCACUGCAAACAAUCUCGAAUCGUUCUGCUUCAUUCUUUUCCUACUAAUAUUUGCCAUCUGUUCUGCUUCUUACGUGUGGAUCAAAGGAUCAGAGAAUCCAGACAGAAAUCGUUACAAAUUAUUCCUAGAGUGCACUCUGAUUUUGACCUCAGUUGUGCCUCCUGAGUUACCAAUUGAGUUGUCAUUGGCUGUCAAUACGUCUCUAAUGGCGCUCGUCAAACUCGGUAUCUACUGUACUGAACCGUUUCGUAUACCGUGUGCUGGAAAGUUGGAUGUGUGUUGCUUUGACAAGACGGGCACACUAACUAGUGAUGAUCUGGUGGUGAGAGGUGUGGCUGGACUCAAUGGUGACAGCAAGAUGGUUGACGUGUGUGAUGUGCCGCAUGAGACCCUGAUGGUUCUUGUGUCGUGUCAUUCUCUGAUGCAGAUGGAUGACGCUCUCGUUGGUGAUCCUGUUGAAAAAGCUGCUCUGAAGUCGACCGAUUGGUCGUUGUCAAGAGGUGAUAUUGUUACACCUCGGAAGGGCAAGCGGCAAUCACUUAAAAUUUUGCAAAGAUUUCACUUCUCUAGUGCAUUAAAACGCAUGUCAUCGAUAUCGUCGUAUCAAAGUGGCGCACUUAGCUCGACGUCCUUCGUUGCAACAGUUAAAGGAGCUCCAGAGACACUUAGAACAAUGUUGAAACAAGUUCCUGACCACUAUGACAGUGUUCACUUGGAAAUGUCAAGACAGGGGGCACGUGUGUUGGCUCUGGCGUACAAACAAUUGCCAGAAAUGAGUGGGAGAGAGGUGCGCAGUGUGGCUCGGCAAGACAUUGAAUCGAAUCUCGAAUUUGCCGGAUUUUUGAUUAUCGAUUGUCCACUGAAGAAAGACUCAAAAUCUAUUAUCAAGAACAUCAGACGAUCAGCCCACCAUGUGACCAUGAUAACUGGUGAUAGUCCACUAACUGCAUGUCAUGUGGCCAAAGAGCUUGAAAUCACAAAACGAACAACACUAAUGCUUAUUCAAGGAUCAGGCGAGUGGCAAUGGGAGGCUGUAGAUGGGUCUGUGUCUGUGCCUAUUCUAGAAGGAGGAAAGGCAGCAUUAGUUAAAGACUACGAUCUUUGUCUUACAGGCGGGGCUAUGAAUUUCUUGAUAAAUUCUCAUAAGAAAUACUUAAACGAAGUUUUACCAUCUGUGAAGGUGUUUGCAAGAGUUUCUCCCAAGCAGAAAGAACAUGUUAUUACGUCUUUACGAAAUCUUGGCUGUUUUACUCUGAUGUGUGGCGAUGGAACAAACGAUGUUGGAGCUUUGAAACAUGCUCAUGUUGGUGUUGCUCUGCUGUCUAGCGUGCCUUUACGUAAAGCAAAGCCCAGAGCAGCAAGUGAAGAGUCAUCUGUGGAUCCUAGCGAGUCUGAACAGUCACGUUCUCCUGACAAGAGUUCUUUAGAAAAGUCAAGCGUCCCUGCUGAACCAAGAAUCAUGUCAAGUAGCAAGCUUAACAGAAUAGCCAAGAUGAGGGCUGUCAAUCAAGGAAAGCCAACACAGACAAAGCCAAACCAUUACAAACAUCUUAAUCAACUGGCAAAGGAGCUGGACGAAAUGGAGCUGCAUGUUGUUCGUUUGGGCGAUGCUUCAAUUGCAUCUCCAUUCACAAGCAAAUCAUCAAGUAUAGAAUGUGUUACACAUAUUAUCAAGCAAGGUCGCUGUACAUUAGUCACCACGCUCCAGAUGUUUAAGAUAUUGGCACUUAAUGCUCUCAUCCUUGCGUAUUCACAGAGCGUUCUUUAUCUUGAUGGCAUCAAAUUUAGUGAUGCACAAGCAACUCUUCAGGGCAUGCUUCUUGCUGCAUGUUUUCUUUUCAUCUCUCGAUCAAAGCCUUUGACUGAGCUGUCAAAACGACGGCCAAUGCCAAACAUCUUUAAUCUUUACACAGUUCUCACUGUGCUUUUGCAGUUUGGUGUUCAUUUUACGUGUUUGGUGUAUUUGGUAUUGGAGAGCAAGAAACUGUCACCUCCAAGGGAGGAAGAGUUCAUUGACUUGGAAAAAAAGUUUGAGAUGAACAUAUUGAAUAGCACUGUGUAUCUAAUAGGAAUGACCAUGCAGGUCACCACAUUUGCUGUUAACUACAAGGGACAUCCUUUCAUGGCCAGUUUGCGAGAAAACAAACCUCUCAUGAUCUCGAUACUCUUGUCGUUUGCUGCUAUUGCGGCACUGGCUGCUGGCUUUAUGCCUGAUUUAGCUUCACAGUUGGAAAUAGUGGAAUUUCCGUCAGAGUUUCAGACGACUCUGAUGAUGGUUUUGUUUCUCGAUUUUGCGGUCACUUUUGUCGUAGACAGGACAUGUGAAUUUCUACUCGGCCACGCAAAAUUGCGCAGGCUUUAGACAGGAAUUAUACAUUGCAUUGUGAUAGGAGUAUCUGAGACUGCAAAUUAGAGAGAUAGAUAGGCGUGUCAA